AGUCCAAGUUCACUACAGAGUACCAGCUCUUAGGAAUGCCAUUUUUUUUUUUUAUUAUUAUUUUUUUUUUUCAGAAGAUCUUAUUGUUAAAACCAGUUUUUAACUUCGGUUAAAUUAAUCAAUUAAUAUGGUUUUAGUGUUUCAUUUCCCUGAGAUGGGUCUUUGCUGUUUUGUCCUGGUUGCAUGACAGAGCAACUGAGACGUACAGAGGAGGGUAUGGACCAGAUCAACCAGGACAUGAGGAAGGCUGAGAAGAACCUGACUGACCUGUCCAAGUGCUGUGGCCUCUGUGUCUGCCCCUGUGACAGGGUGACGUCCAUAGAGCAUGACUCUAAAUACAAGCGUACCUGGGGAACAGGUGAUGGUAGCAGUACAGGAGAGGGAGGGGAUGGCUCGGUGGUGUCCAGGCAACCCUCAGGCAUCCAUAACGGACAAGCCAACCAGCAGCAGCCCAUGGGGGGCUCUGGACCCUACAUCAAGAGGAUUACCAACGAUGCUCGGGAGGAUGAGAUGGAGGAGAACCUGGAUCAGGUGGGCAGCAUCAUAGGGAACCUGAAGAACAUGGCCAGUGACAUGGGCUCUGAGCUAGACAAGCAGAACAAACACAUCAUCCGCAUCACAGAAAAGGCGGACAUAAACAAAGCACGUAUCGAUGAAGCCAACCAGCGAGCCAAUAAGCUCAUCAAGUAGACCUACCUACCUGCUCCCGAUUUCAAAUCAUCCACCUUGAAUCUCUGCCUCAGCUCGCAUGUACACACACACUCUCUCGCUCUCCUUGAGAACAAAGUAAAUCAACCAGGACAAAACCCAUGAAUCAGCACCUACCACACGUGCCUUUUCUGUGAUGAUGUAAAUAUGCUCACGCAACACUCUCUCUUAUUCUACCUUUUUAUGACUAGUUCACAGUCUUUGCCUGGGUCCCAUCCCAAAUAUGUGACACAGUGAAUCACUUUUUCAGGCGUUGUGAGAUCUGUGCCCGUAUUCAGAAAGCCUCUCUGAGUAGAAGUGCUGAUGUAAGAUGGUUUAUAUAUAUUCAUUCAUUCUCUGAUAAGCAGUGGAGGCUGCUGAGAGGAGGACGGCUCAUAGUAACGGGAUAGUGUCAAACACAUGGUUUCAAUGUGCUUGAUGCCAUUCCAUCCACUCCAUUCCAGCCAUUAUUUUGAGCUGUCCUCCCCUAAUAUGUGCAGUGUGGCUGCCGAAAAUAUGACCUGGAACAUCAAAUUCUCACUGUCUGUUGCCCCCUGGUGGUCAUGGGGUUUCACAGCAGCUGUAUACACCUCAGGCAUAUGCAGGGAAAAGUUAUGAGACAACAGCUCUUCAUAUCAUGUCAUUUGGUUCUUGGCUCUUGUAAUUAUUGUUAUUGUUUGAAAUGUGCUUAUUUAAUUAUUCUUAUAAAGCAG